AUGGUAAAAUCUCAGAAGCUUAUCACUUUUGAACGUACAGCGGCUAUAUUUUUGGAUUUCGAAAAGGAAUAUAAUGAUCUGCCAACUGAAACUCUUAAUUCUUAUUUGCUCGAUAUAAGAAAAGAAGAGUUUAAGACGUUGUGGGAUAAGACAAGAAAUACAUAUGAAGAUUUUGCAACACAAGACAAUAAUGAGGUAUCGGAAGAGGAUUUUCAGAACGCGAAGGAGCUUUUUAAAAAUUGUCGAUUAGGGUACAUCUCGUGUGCAGCUCAAAUGGGUGAAUUAUCAGAUUCAUUUUUUAACAAAUCAGGAAUGUCAUCAACUCAGUAUGGUGGUAGAAAUACAGUAGAGAUCUCUAGCGGUCAAAGGCACAAUUUAAAGUUGCCACCCUGUAUCACCGAAGUUUUUAAAGGUGACUACCAAUCAUGGCCGUCCUUUCGGGACAUGUUUAAGGCCGUUUAUAUCGAUGGGGCCGAUUUGUCAGGAGUUGAAAAACUCUGCUAUUUAAGACAAUUUACUGAGGAUGACGCGUUAUUAAUAGUAAAAGAAUCUCCUCUCACUAAUGAAGGUUUUCUAACUGCUUGGGAAAACCUAAGAGACAGAUACGAGAAUAAGAGAAUUUUGGUCCACGACCAAUUGAAGAUUUUAUUUAAUUUGGUAUCUGUGAAAUCGGAAUCCGGAAAUGAUAUUAAAAGGCUACAACGUGACAUUAACAACUGUAUUUCAACUCUUCGAGUUUAUAAAAUAAAUAUUGAGUCCUGGGACCCAAUAUUCGUUUAUGCAUGUUUAACAAAAUUGCCAUUUCAUACUUUGUCGUUAUGGGAGCAAACUGUUAAGAGCAAAAUGGAAAUUCCCCUAUGGAAGGAACUGGAUGAGUUCCUUACGGGACGUUUUCAUUCUCUAGAAACAAUAAAUAAUAUUCGAAGUGCCAAUAAGACAGAUUCUAAUAAUAAAUCGGACAAGUCGAAUAAUUCAAAACAUCGAAACACUUCUGUUAGAGUUUACCAGACCAAAGUUUCAGGAAAAUCUUGCCCAAUCUGUGCUACAAAUCACGCUUUGAAGGAUUGUCGUAAGUUUUUAAGUAAGGAUCAGGCAGGAAGGUUUCUAAUUGUUAAGAACCAGAAAUUAUGUAUUAAUUGUUUGAACGAGGGCCAUAAAAUGAGUGAAUGUAAGAGUAAGUUUAAUUGUUCUAAAUGCCAACUUAAACAUCAUACUCUUCUUCACAAGGAAGUUACUAAUCCUGUACUAAAUUCUAGCAAUCAAAAUAUGGAUGAUGUGCCGUCUACAUCACAGGGUAUCGUAAGAGUACAGAAUAAUACUGUGCAAAACUGUUUUGUAACAACUUCUAGGCAGAUUCUUUUAGCUACGGCAGUCGUUAAUAUUGUAUGUCAGGGAGAAACUUUUACAGCGCGGGCUCUAAUUGAUCCAGCGUCUCAAUCAUCGUUUAUAUGUGAAAAAAUUCAACGUAAACUUGAUUUGCCUACAGAGAAAGUAGAUUCUAACAUCUCUGCCCUGAAUUGUGCCCCGGCUGGUUCAUCUCAUAAGCAAUGUAAUUUUGUAUUGGGAUCUAGAAUAGAUAGAUCUUUUAGGUUGAAAAUGUCAGGAUUAGUACUUCCUAGAUUAACUGGGAAUUUACCAAAUAGGUCUGUGGAUAAUUCUCUUUUAUUGAGCUCACCAUUUAAUAUGGAUCUGGCAGAUCCAAAUUUUACAGAAAGCGGACCUAUAGAUAUAUUAAUCGGUGGUGAUUUUUACCCGAAAGUUAUGUUAGGACGGUCAAAACAUAAUGUGUAUGGAAAUUUGAUGGCCCAGGAGAGUGUAUUUGGUUGGAUUUUGACAGGACCUAUUGAAGAUAGGCAUCCUAGGUCAUUUACAACAGUAAUUUCAUGCUAUACAGAAGUGAAUUUAUAUAAACAGUUAGAAAACUUUUGGAAGUUAGAGGAGCCUCCAAAAAUAUCAAAAUUUACUUCUGAAGAUGAUUAUUGCGAGGAAUUUUUUAAGAAGACCACAAAAAGGAAUAGUGAAGGGCGCUUCAUCGUAUCGUUACCCUUCAAACCUCAAUAUUUGGUGGAUAAUAAUUUAGGAUCAUCUCGAGAAAAGGCUAAGCGACAAUUUUUAAGAAAUGAAAUAUCACUUCAGAAGAAUCCUGAGUUAAAAGCAAUCUAUGAUGGGACAUUGUCUGAGUAUGAGGAACUAGGUCAUAUGAAUCAAGUGGAUAGUAACUAUUCAGAUGAAUCAAAUACAUAUUAUUUACCUCACCACGCUGUAUUUAAGCCCGAAAGUACUUCCACUAAAGUUAGGGUGGUGUUCAAUGCUUCGAGUAGGACAUCUACAGGAUUAAGUUUAAAUGAUAUAUUGUAUACAGGUCCAGUUUUGCAAAAUGAUCUGAUGUUACUGAUUAUAAGAUGGAGAUUUUAUAGGUUUGUUUUUAAUGGAGACAUAGAAAAAAUGUACAGACAGAUUUUGCUUGAUCCUGAACAUGCCAAUUUCCAAAGGAUUGUAUUUCGUCGGAAUCCUCAGGACGAUUUAAAGGAUUACGAGCUAAAGACUGUAACUUUUGGGAUAAAUUGUGCCCCUUUUUCAGCGAUAAGAACUUUACAUCAACUUGCAGAUGAUGUUGAGGAAAAAUGGCCUUUAGCAUCUAAAAUUUUACGUGACAUGAUGUACGUCGAUGAUGCUCUAGUUGGAGCCCAUGAUGUAAUCAUGGCUAUAAAAGCUCGUGAUCAAAUAAUCGCAGCUUUAUUAUCUGCAGGUUUUUCAAUGCGAAAAUGGACAUCCAAUAAUGAGAAAAUUUUAGAAGGGUUACCAUCAGAUCAUUUAUUGCAUGAAAAAUUUUUAGAAAUCGAUGAUACAAGUACCACAAAGACUUUAGGCGUUAGAUGGAAUGCCAAAACUGACCAUUUUUAUUUCUCUACAUUACCUAUAGCACUAAAAGAUAGUUAUACGAAGCGGGAGGUUCUUUCCACAAUUGCAAGACUAUUUGAUCCCGCGGGUUGGUUAGGUCCGAUAGUGGUUAUAGCAAAAAUUUUGAUGCAGCAAAUAUGGAGUGAUAAAACGGAUUGGGAUGAGGUCUUAUCUGAGUGUAGUGGAACUAAAUGGCGUCAAUUUCUCUUAGAUUAUGUUCAUAUCGAUGACAUAAAGAUUCCAAGAUGGGUUGGUUUUAAACCAUCGGUGAAUUUGGAAUUUCAUGGAUUUUCAGAUGCCUCAGAGAAAGCAUAUGGUGCUUGUGUAUAUGCUCGUAUUCAAGACGAAAAUGGUAUAAUACAAAGUCAUUUGGUUUUGGCAAAAUCAAAAGUUGCUCCACUUAAAACCGUUUAUUUACCUAGGCUAGAACUUUGUGGUGCUUUAUUAUUAGCAGAGUUAUUAAAAGCUAUAGGCAAAGAUUUAAAAUUUGAUGGUACUAAUACCAAAUUCUACACAUGGACUGAUUCCAUGAUCGUAUUAGCGUGGCUGCAGAAACCUCCAAGUUCAUGGACAACUUUUGUAGCAAAUCGAGUUGCUAAAAUUACAGAGUAUACUAGUAAAGAAUGCUGGAGACAUGUAGCUUCAUGUGAUAACCCAGCAGACUUGUUAAGUAGAGGAGUUUGCCCACAAGAAUUAGUAAAUAAUCGGAUUUGGUGGCAUGGUCCUAGUUUUCUGUGCUCCAAUUCAUCCCAAUGGAAUAUACAAAUUGGUACCAAUUUUGAGACUAGAGAGGAACAGAAGAAUCAUAAAGUAUUUUUUACGUAUUCUAAAUCUUAUUACGAUUUAAUCGAAAAAUUUUCUUCGUUUACGAAAGCCCUUCGAAUUAUGGCUCUAGUAAUGAGAGCAAUACAAAGAAUGCGUGGAUUUAGUCAUUCUAAUCUUUCCUCUGAAGAAUUAACAGCUGAUGAAUUGAAUACUGCAAAAAUUAAAUUAAUUAUUAUGGCUCAAAAGGUAGCAUUUGGUGACGAGUAUCAUAAAUUAGAAAACAAAGAAUCAGUUAAAUGCGGCAAUAUAUUAAAUUUAAAUCCCUUUUUAGACGAAAAGGGCAUCAUGCGCGUAGGAGGCCGUUUGGCAAAUGCUCUGGAAUUGAGCUAUAAUGAAAAAUUUCCAAUUUUAUUGCCAUCAAACUGUCGGUUUUCAGUACUACUCGUUGAUUUUAUUCACAAAGUCACAUUACAUGGAGGAAAUCAGCUAAUGUUAAGAGUUCUGCGGACUCAAUUCUACAUUGUGCGUGCAAGAAAUUUAAUUAAAACAAUAAUAAGCAGGUGUAGAAUGUGUGCGUUGUAUAGAAAAAAGGUUCAGAGUCAGAUUAUGGCGGCGCUUCCCACGAAUCGCACUAUAAUUUCUAGACCAUUUACAACGACAGGGGUAGAUUUCGCAGGACCAUUUGAUAUCCGAAACUUUACUGGUCGAGCUUGUCUCAUUACAAAGGGUUAUGUGUGCUUAUUUGUGUGCUUUGCUACGAAAGCUAUUCAUUUAGAAGCUGUUAGUAAUUUAUCGACACCAGCAUUUCUGGCAGCUUUUUCACGAUUUGUCGCUCGCCGUGGUUGUCCAAGAGAUAUGUACUCUGAUAAUGGUACUAAUUUCGUCGGAGCAUCAAAAGUUUUAAAAAUUGAAUUUCGUGAAUUUUUACGAAACGCAAGUUCAGAAUUAAAUACGCAUUAUGGACUACAAGGAGUUAAUUGGAAAUUUAAUCCUGCAAGUGCCCCUCAUAUGGGAGGCCUUUGGGAGGCAGGAGUAAAAAGUUUUAAGUACCAUUUUAGAAGAAUCGCUGGUAACAUAAAGUAUACUUUUGAAGAAUUUUCAACUUUAUUGGCCCGCAUUGAAUCUUGCCUCAAUUCAAGACCAUUGUGUCCUCUCAUAGACGAUGUGGAGUGUCUGGAUAUUUUGACACCAGGUCAUUUUUUGAUCGGGGCUCCUCUCUUAGCUCCACCUGAACCAGAGAUUACAGAAUCUCCAAUUUCGAUAACUAAUCGAUGGCAAAGAGUUAGAGCACUAAACCAACGUUUAUGUAGCAGGUGGAAAGACGAAUAUUUAAAGGAUCUUCAAAAGCGCAACAAAUGGAAAUUUAUGGAAAAAAAUUUGGAAGUUGGUGACAUGGUUGUAAUUCGUGAAGAUAAUUUACCACCGAAUGAAUGGCGUUUAGGUCGCGUACAUAAACUUCAUAUAGGUAAAGAUGGUCAUACUAGAGUUGUUGAAUUAAAAACAGUUCGUGGAAUAAUUACGAGGCCAGUGGUAAAGCUUGUAGCUCUACCGACUUAUUAA